AUGACGCUUUUGGCCUUCGCCCUCGCCGCCGUGGCGUGCGUCGCCGCGGCGCGGCCUCCGCUCGGCCUCCUGGAGAACCAUUUCACCGCCGAGACGGAGUCCGAGGAAGUGCGCUCGGCCGCCAUCAAGAGACUUUUGGAGGUUUUUGGGAUGGAGGACCCCCCCGCUGUCCAUGGACACAAACAGGCCCCUCAGUACAUGCUCGAUUUGUACAACACGGUCGCGGACGUCGACGGUGUCACCAAAGACCCGUAUCUGCUGGAGGGGAAUACUGUGCGCAGUUUCUUUGACAAACUGCACAGUGAACAGGUGGAGUUCAGGUUCAACUUGUCCUCGGUCGCUAGAUCUGAGAAGGUUCUCACUGCAGAGCUCCAUCUCUUCAAGCUGCGACCUCAGUCAACGCUGACCUUCAACAGACACCAUUUCUGCCAGGUCAGUAUUUAUCAACUGCUGGACACCAGCAGGAACAACAAAACUCAGGGCAGGAAGCUGCUGUCUUCUCGACUCAUCCCGGUCCACUCCACUGGUUGGGAAGUCUUCACCAUCACACAAGCAGUGCGAUCUUGGAUGGUGGAUGAAGACAGCAACCUGGGGCUCCACGUGGUGGUCCGGACCCUGGGAGGCAGCGCGAUGGACAUGAAAAUGAUCCGCUUCGCCUCGGGACGCACCCACCACCAGAGCAAACAGCCCAUGUUGGUCCUCUUCACUGACGAUGGCCGCCGCGCCACCACUCUGGAGAGCUUAGACCCAAAUGACACCGCAGCCACAGACACUUCCAGCCUGCCCCAAACCCCAAUGUCAGGUCCGUCCUCCCGCACGGCCCGCUCCCUGGACUACGCCGAGGAGGAAACGGCGUCUCUGCCCUGUCAGCGCCAGCCCCUCUACGUGGACUUCGAGGAGAUCGGCUGGUCGGGGUGGAUCGUGUCUCCGCGGGGCUACAAUGCGUACCACUGCAAGGGCUCCUGCCCCUUUCCCCUGGGUCAGAACAUGAGGCCGACCAACCACGCCACCGUCCAGUCCAUCAUCAACGCUCUGAAGCUGAUCAAGGGCAUCGAGACGCCGUGCUGCGUGCCCGACAAGCUCUUCUCCAUCAACCUGCUGUACUUCGACGACGACGAGAACGUGGUGCUGAAGCAGUACAACGACAUGGUGGCUGGAAGCUGCGGCUGCCACUGA